CCAGAACUGUCGGUUCUCUAAUCUGAUUGGCUAGCAGGAGGUGCUCUCGCAGUGGCUCAGCCCUCGUGUCAGUAGACUGUCUGUGUGUGGCACAGGGUUGCAUUGCUGGACGAAGGGGACGUGCUCGAGAGGCGAAGAAGUACAAUGUUACAAAUUUAAACCUACCAAACAUCUUCAAAAUCGGAAGUACAUUUUUGCAAGGGUUUCUGGGGAUUACACGAACAUUUUUUUUCCGCGCCGUGGAGUUUGGCGUCUUUUAAUUUCUUUGCCUCGGAGAAGCUGAUUCUCACCGAGUCGCUUCUUGUGAUAGAGCGCACGAGAGAUGUUCGCGUACACCAGGAACCAUAUCUUUCCCUCAGAUUUUGAAGCGGUGAUUAACAUUUUAGAAGUUACUGGAACAGUGGAAGUUAUUCGGCAGUUCGGACGCACAAAGACAGCGGCAGAGAUCUGAGAGGAUUCUCCCCACAACGUCCAGUGGGCUUCGUGUCCGGCUGAUUUUUACAGUACAGUGGCGUGCCAGUGGACACCCCCCACCAAAUAGACCUCCAAUAAAUAAAGGAUACAUUUCAAGAUGUAUCCACAGGGCCGGCAUCCGGCGCCCCACCAGCCUGGUCAGCCAGGCUUCAAAUUCACAGUGGCGGAGUCCUGUGACAGGAUCAAAGACGAAUUUCAGUUCCUGCAAGCCCAGUAUCACAGUCUUAAAGUGGAGUACGACAAACUGGCCAAUGAGAAGACCGAGAUGCAGCGCCAUUAUGUCAUGUACUAUGAGAUGUCCUAUGGGCUGAACAUUGAAAUGCACAAACAGACCGAGAUUGCCAAAAGGCUCAAUGCGAUUCUAGCCCAGAUUAUGCCUUUUCUGUCACAAGAGCACCAACAGCAAGUAGCACAAGCUGUUGAACGUGCAAAGCAAGUGACUAUGACUGAACUGAAUGCUAUCAUCGGGGUACGUGGACUUCCCAGUCUGCCUCUCACCCAGCAGCAGCUCCAGGCCCAGCACCUCUCUCACGCUGCCCACGGCCCUGUGGCUUUACCUCCCCACCCUUCUGGCCUUCAGCCACCAGGAAUCCCGCCGGUCACCGGCUCUGGCUCGGGCCUUCUGGCUCUGGGAGCACUGGGAAGUCAGCCACACUUGCCAAUGAAGGAUGAAAAAAACCACCAUGACCUAGAGCACCGAGAGAGCACAAACAACUCUAUUUCUCCAUCAGACAGUCUGCGCACAACCAGCGAGAAACACCGCGGCUCCUCUGAUUAUAGCUUGGACACCAAGAAACGCAAAGUGGAAGACAAGGACAGCAUGAGCCGAUAUGACAGUGAUGGAGACAAAAGUGAUGAUCUGGUGGUUGAUGUUUCCAAUGAGGACCCUGCCACGCCCAGAGGCAGCCCUGCCCACUCACCUCCUGAGAAUGGCAUAGAUAAACCCCGCCCAGCAAAGAAGGACACACCCAACAGCCCCGCAUCUGUGGCCUCCUCCGGCAGCACCCCCUCCUCUAAAAACAAGGAGCACGGCCAUAAUGACAAAUCCUCCACGCCUGGUCUCAAGUCCAACACCCCCACGCCUCGUAAUGAUGCCCCUACCCCGGGUACCAGCACCACCCCAGGGCUGCGGCCCAUCCUAGGCAAGCCUCCAAUGGAAGCUCUUGCCGCCCCUGCUCUGCGCACCCCACUCUCUUACCCAACUCCCUUUGCCAUGAUGAGCCACCAUGAGAUGAAUGGUUCUCUGACCACCCCUGGAGUCUAUGCCGGCCUUCACAUCUCUCCUCAGAUGAGUGCGGCCGCUGUUGCUGCCUACGGACGCUCGCCCAUGGCGGCAUUUGAGCAUCCUCAUAUGAGAGCUCCCGGCCUCCCUGCCAGCCUCAACCCAAUCUCUGGAGGAAAACCAGCCUACUCUUUUCACGUCAGUGCCGAUGGACAGAUGCAGCCUGUGCCCUUCCCUCCAGACGCUCUCAUUGGUCCAGGGAUCCCACGCCACGCCCGUCAGAUUAACACACUCAGUCAUGGAGAGGUGGUGUGUGCUGUGACUAUAAGCAAUCCCACUCGCCAUGUAUACACUGGUGGCAAGGGCUGUGUUAAGAUCUGGGACAUCAGUCAGCCUGGAAGCAAGAGUCCAGUGUCUCAACUAGACUGCCUGAACAGGGACAACUAUAUUCGGUCCUGUAAGCUGUUGCCUGAUGGCCGCACUCUUAUCGUUGGAGGGGAGGCUAGCACUCUUACCAUUUGGGAUCUUGCCUCCCAGACACCCCGCAUUAAAGCCGAGCUGACCUCCUCCGCACCAGCCUGCUAUGCGCUAGCUAUCAGCCCCGACGCCAAGGUGUGCUUCUCCUGUUGUAGCGAUGGAAACAUCGCUGUUUGGGACCUGCACAACCAGACCCUCGUCAGGCAAUUCCAAGGACACACAGACGGUGCCAGCUGCAUUGACAUCUCCCAUGAUGGCACCAAGCUCUGGACAGGUGGCCUUGACAACACAGUCCGCUCCUGGGACCUAAGAGAGGGGCGGCAACUCCAACAGCAUGACUUCACAUCUCAGAUUUUCUCUCUGGGCUACUGUCCUACGGGUGAGUGGCUGGCUGUCGGCAUGGAAAGCAGCAAUGUGGAGGUUCUCCACCACACCAAACCUGACAAGUACCAGCUGCACCUUCACGAGAGCUGUGUUCUCUCUCUGAAGUUUGCCUACUGUGGUAAAUGGUUCGUGAGCACUGGGAAGGACAAUCUGUUGAAUGCAUGGAGGACUCCCUACGGCGCCAGCAUAUUCCAGUCAAAGGAAUCAUCCUCAGUCCUGAGCUGUGACAUAUCAGCCGAUGACAAGUACAUUGUUACAGGCUCUGGUGACAAGAAGGCCACAGUGUAUGAAGUGAUCUACUAGAAUGAGAGGUAACAGACUGGAGCAGCUCAGGCCUCUGGAGAAGGAAGGGGGGGACACACAACUUCUCACUCCAGUGACUCUCCUAGUCAAACAGACAGGAACAGCCCUUGUCUGUCUGUCUCACACUCACUGACUUUUAACUGACUGACCACAGAUGUGGAAGAGUGGACGCCGGGGUGACCUGAAAUAGGACACAAAUGUGCAGCCCUACAGAACCCCACACACUCAGCCCAGUUCAUAUGGCACUAGAGGACACUCAAUGUUUCCUUCCUUGCUGUUUUUUUUUUUUUUUUUAAUCUAUCUUUGUUGGAUUUUGGUUCAAUUUUUUUUCCUCACUAUGCAGUGAGAGGGUUCCAUAAUGCAUCGUGAAGCAGCGCUUUGUUCUGAAGCUUCAUCUGUGUGGAGUUUAUGUGAAAAGUGUACAUAAUGGAGUAUUAAAAUGCCUUUUAUAGAUUUA